AAUGAACUACAUGAAUCAAAAUUGAAAAAACUAAAAAAGUUUUGCCCUACAAGGUGGGUUGAGCGACAUGACGCUGUACUUGUGUUUCAUGAACUUCAACCAGCAGUUGUGGAUGCACUUAAUGAAAUAUCUACUUGGAAAGAUAAUGAGACUUCUGCUUUAGCUAACCAACUUAGUUCCUCCAUCCAUCAAUUAAGGUUUCAAGUAGCCUUAUUGAUAUUAGUAAAAGUAUUUUCAAUAAGUGCUCCUUUGAGCAAAUUUCUUCAAACUGAAAACUUAGAUUUAGAAUCUGCUCUAAAAUAUGCUGAUAUGACUCAAUCAACUAUAAAACAAAUCCGUGAUAACGCUAAUGCUGAGUUUGAAAAAAUAUUUAAAGAAGUAGAGGAUGUCUGUAGUAGUUUUGAUAUAACUGUUAGUGUUCCAAGAACAACAAGUCGACAAAAAAAUAGGAGUAAUGUUAUGAAUAAUAAUCCAAUAGAAUAUUAUAGAAUCUCAACAUUCAUCCCAUUUCUUGAUAAUUUUCUUGAACAACUGCACGGACGAUUUCUUGAACAUAGGGCCAAACUAAAAAGUUUCAACUGCUUAUUACCUAAGACCAGCAAACAAAUAUCUGAAGAAACAUUUGAGGACUUCAAAAUUCUGUUCAAUUUUUAUACUGAUAUAUUAAGUGACAGCAUCAAUUUGACUAGCUUAGAAAUGGGUUAUGGUGAACUUAAACUGUGGUAUAACAGUUGUGCAUUCAAAUCACCAAAUUUGUCGUCAACAAUAACAGAACUAUUUUUCCAUUGUAAUCCUGAUUUUUUUCCUUUAAUCUCAAAGUUAUUGCAAAUAUUAAUUACACUGCCAGUCACAACAGCUACUGGAGAGAGGUCUUUUUCAUCCUUGAGUCGACUUAAAAAUUAUCUCAGAAAUACUACUGGUCAAAUGAGACUAAAUGGAUUGGCAGUCCUCAAUAUACACCAAGAUAUUAAUGUUGAUCCAUCAAUGAUUAUUGAUGAAAUGGCUAAAACUUCAAAACGGAGACUCAAUCUUAAUUUAUAA